UCAUGUUUAUUCAAUAUAGAAUCACGUUAUAACGUGAUACUGAUCCAAAUACAUCCCGGCAUUUAUAUAUUUUAUCAGUUUGGUUAUAACAUUUAAUGGUUUACAGUGACUUUAAUUAUUCACAAAUUGCAUUCAAAGUUCAUCAUAAAUGUCAACACGAGUAUUAUAUCCUUCUUUAUUACUGUCGCCCACUGGGGUGACUUUACUUUACUUUGAGAUAUGCGUGUAUAAAUAAAGUUUCAAUAAAACUAAACGUCAUCACGUAUCAAACACGAUCUCUGUGACCCAAUCAGUGCCGAGUGGGCGCGUCUGUACUGUAGGGGCGUGUCUUGUACUGUGUUACUGUGUUAGACCUACUUGGGAUAAAGCGGUAGAAGACAAGCGAGUGAAUGGGUCAUAUGAGCUGCCCAUACUGAACCAGUAGCCGGGGUACGCCUGACACAAAACCAAGCCAACCCCGCGGCAUAACCCCGCCUACUCUCUACAGCUAGCAGCAAAACACCAUGGAUGCAAAACACACGUACUAGCUUGUUACUGUUAUGGUUGACCCUGCGUUCUGACCUACAUCCCGCCACUUGUCUGACCAGUAUUGAUAUAAGGCUGGACCGAGCUUGUACUCGGGAUGUGCUCCAUCGCCGGAUGUGAAUCGUGGCGUCGCAGCGCGCAGAGAUUCACGUUACCGGAGGACCCAGAGAAGCGGCUGGAGUGGGUUCAGUUUGUUCUUGAAGUUAACGGACAGCGACUCAAGGAGUCGUCGUGGACGGACAUUUCUGUCUGUGGAGAACACUUUACACACGACUGCUUAGAGUACAAGGCGACGAGUAGUGACGUGCAGCUGAAACCAGGUGCUGUCCCGUCACUGUGCAUCAAGUCAGACCCGGAAGAUGCUGUUGACAUCUUUCCACAGUGCGCGGUGCCUGAGUAUGUGGAAACUACGGAAAUCACUUGUCAGCGGGAUGACCUGGAAACAGUUUCAGGUACUGUCACAUCUGGGUGUGGCCAAAAUGAACAAAAUGUAUGGAGCUCAAAUCUGAUUCGGAAAAAAAUUCCUCAUUUCCAGAUAAAAGGAAAACAUUUUGUGAACGAGAGCUGCCUGCUGCAGUUGUUUCGCCACAAAUGUCCAUCUUGUGACUGUAAACUUCACAUGGAGAAAGUCACCUAUGGGCCGUUGAUUGUUAUCAACCAGCAGUGCCUUCAGUGUGAGUACAGAUUCCAGUGGAAAAGCCAGAUCAACGCCAAGGUCCCAGCAGCGGAGGACAUACCACCAGUAACCCAAAAGUUACUACCAACAGAUGACUUCCCCAGCAGUGCAGGUUCCUCUGGGAGUGUUUCUCUGAGUGAUGAAGAAAAAGAUUCCUCAGAUGAAGUAGACGAAGAAGAUGAAGGAGACGAAGAAGGUAUGAGUUCAGAUGGGGAAUGGAAUCCAACUGAGGAAAGUUUGCUGGCUAAGAAGCUCACAAAGGACUCUGAGGAGGAAAGUGAAGAUGAAGGGAAAGAGGGAGAAGGUGAUAAACCCCAAGGUGGCCUCAAAAUGAAAGAGCUCUGCACAGAGUGCGGCAGUUUUGUCAAUACACUAAAAUCUCACACGUGUGAGCACAAAAGUAAGCCGUAUUCCUGCCGUAUUUGUGGCAAAAGAUGUGUUAAUGAAAUGUCUCUCAGACGUCACAACAUGAUCCACAGUGAAACCUACGAACAUCCUUGCAAAUACUGCCACGUUACGUUCAGAACAAGGGUGGACAAACUUAAACAUGAGCAGAUCCAUAAGAAACAAAAACGUCCCUAUAAAUGUCCCGACUGUCCGGAGAAGUUUGCCUCCCGUAAAGAGCGCUGUGUCCAUCUGCCAACACAUGGGGGGGAGAAAGAGAUCAAAUGUGGAGUUUGUGGGUUUAAAUUUAAGAAUCUGCAUCGUCUUCAGAGACAUUCUUUUGUGCACACCGGACUGAAGCCGUACCAAUGUCCAGUGUGCGAGCGCGGCUUCAACCAGGCAGGUAACCUCAAAUCUCACAUGCGUCUGCACACCGGGGAGAAGCCUUUUAAGUGUCAGCAUUGUGACAAAUGCUUUAAUCAUAAUGUGAGCUUGAAGAGUCAUGUCCAGCGUUAUCACGCCUCCAGUUCCGGGCACGGACGCAAGGAGGGCGAGAUCAAUGAAAGGCCAAGCGACACAGGCACAGACUCGGAGUCUGACAACCUAGAGAGAGAACAAGACACAGGAGAGGAGUUACAGAAGAUGACGGCCGAAAUGCCUAACAUCAGCAUGAAGCCCACAGGUAGACCCAAAGGAAGACCAAAAAGUGCCACUGCAGGUGACCCGGUUCUUACGGCGCCAAACAAAGACAAGUGUUCAAAAAGAAAGAGCUCCAAAUCAAAGGCGUACAAGUCAAAGGGAAGUGAUUCCAGCGCCGAGGAAAGUGAGCGUGACCAGAUAAACAGCAGCUCAUCUGACGAUUCGGAAGACGAAGAGGAGAAUCCGACGACACAGAGGAGCAUGGGGAGGAAGAGGAAGAGACCAAAGCAUGACAGUGAUUCUGAUUUUCACCCAGGAAAUGAAAAAGGAAAGAGGAAAAGUUCCAGUUCCUUUGGGAGACAAAGGAAGAAUGUAGUUUUGUGAAAACCCCCCACAUUUUUGCAAACAGACGACAGACAGAGAGGAGACCUAAUGAGUGGAGGACCAUGCAGAACCUCUUUGUAGUGAUGCCUUUACGCAAGCUUUUUAUUUAUACUUUUUAUUAGCGAAAGUACUUUCAGAUGCUAAGUAAGCCAUUAAAGGUUACACUAAUGUUUGAGAGCCGUUUAGCUUGUCCUGGUAGUUUCCACAAAACCCUGAUACAGAAUGUAGGAAAGUGGUGGCUAAGAUACUCAGAGAGACAUAGCAGAGAUGGAUAUUUUUGGGAAACGUAGCUAUUUGAUGAAAAAACAUUCUAUUGAUAAUGCCAGGUUCUAAAGAAGACACAUUUAUUUUUCUAUCUUUUCUUUUUUCCACCACAGUGAAGUUACAUAGUUUAUGUCUGUAGAAACAAGAAAAGAUAGUGAAUUGUUCUGUUUCAUAAAGUUGAUGGCUUCUCUCAGAGGACUCAAAAAGACUACUUUUUUUUUUUUUUUAAGAGCUAAACUGUAUUAUUGGUUUUGUACAGUGUAGUGCAGUUGCUACACUGUGGCAGUGGUAGCUAGUGGUAGAAUUUGCAGUUUCGAUGUCUGAAUCUUCCAUAGUUCUUAUAGUACACUGGUUUCAGUUGUCGCGUCACGUUACACAGGCGAGCUCAUGCAGAUGCAGCUGGUUAUACACCGCAGUGAAGUAACAAAGACUUUUGCCCUCUGGCGAUGUGAGAAUAACACACCUACGAAGGGCGACCCGUGAAGCGCACCCUCGUGAACAGUCCAUGGAUAGCUUGCUGUUGAAUAGCAACGUUAUAAUUUGUCAGUUUGUGACAAAGUUCACCGAUGCUGUGAUUGUUUUGAUUUUGACAGAUGGGAUUUUAAACCUGUGAGGAAUUAAUCCCAUGUGGAGGAGAGAUGUGCAACAACUGUACAAAGUACAAAGUAGUUCACGUCGUUUGUAGAUAACGCGAUAAAUCAUUUCAUUUGCAAUUACAUGAAACCAAAAAUGCGACUGCCUUUUUAUGAGUGUUUCAUUACAAGUAGAUUUAAAAAGGAGUCGGUUAUGUUUCUAGCUGUGAGCAACUCGAGAGCUGUGGAUUAGUAUCUUGCCAAAGAGGCAAUAUCGGCAGAACACAUGACAUUUUUUCCCCCUGCAAACUGUCUUUCCAUCUGUUAGGAUUAAAAUGUAUAGGUAUGUGUCUGGUGUAAACAGUUCCCACUUUGAUCUAAACCCCUGACUGCCACACAUUUAUCCUUCUCGCUCCUCUCUGCCUGUCUAAUCUCGCUUCAAGGCUCAUCAGGUUUUGUGUUAAAGUUGUUCAAGGACAAGUGCACUUCCCUCCUUUCAAUAGGAAAAAUGUGUCAGAAGAAAAAGAUAAAAUUCAAAAUGAAAUUCAUUUUCAGCCCAGGUUUGUCCAAGUGGGCUUACUGGGAAAUUAAAAAAAAAAAACAGUCGAACAGAAUUAGUUUGAUAACUAACUCUUUUAAUUCAUUUUGUCUGAUUGCAAUAUCACUCAUUAUUUCUCUUCCAAAAAAGUUAAUGAGUCUGAGCAGACUGAUGAAUUCAGCUAGAAUUUAUUUUAUACACUCUGCAUUAUGGAUUUGUGCAACAAAUAUGUCUCUGUCGCAGCAGGUUCGUAUUUCUAUAAAUCAUCUAUUAUGCAGCGUGGGACAGGCUUUGUAAUUUCAGUCCCAGCUGACUUGGCUGAAGUCGAAAAAACCUGAAGAAAAUGUAUUAUUUGAUUGUUUGUUUUUUGUUUUAGAAUUUGGUCCAGUUAAUAGCGCUGUUAAUUCAGAUUAAUAGACCUUUAGUGUUUCUGAGUAAAUCAAUUAAAUGACAGGUUGUAGCAGGGAUGUGCUGCUUUUGUCAUGUGCAAUGGGUAAAGAAUAUUUAUGGGAUUUGGAUUAAAGGUGUAGUGGCCGUUUGUCAACACAAAAUAUGUUCAAAAUUAAUCUUAAUAAACUUAAAUCAAACGACUACCAUCACACCCUGGGCAUGUAGUGUACUCGGGCAAAAGAAAACUGAAUGUCCAUGCUGGGUUAUUGCACUCUUCAUUGUUUAUUUAGUCCAGUCCAAAGCAAACAAACAAAUCCAUCAUCUCUUCUGCUCUGGUAAAAAAAACCAUAUGCCCGCCACCCAGGUGCACUUGAGUCUCCUACCAACUUCCUGCCUUUAUACUUGCGAGUUUGCACGAAAGAUAAAUUAAUAAAAGACUACACAUUUUAAACAAAGCAGUAUCAUCAACUAUUAUGUAAACAAACAAGCUAUAAUGAACAAACUAUUCUAUUAACUAUCAAAAGAACAAACACUAAUAAAUAGUUCCAACGAAAGGUUUAGAUUCCAAUAAUUUUGAUCAUGUUGAUUCUCGAAAUCCCCGAAAUUGGGUAUUUCUUGUUCAAAUACAGGGGACAAAUACGAGGUGUGGAAGCCUCACCUCGGCCUGUGCUGUCCCUCACACACAGGGUUGAUGCAUGCGUGUCUGUUGCUGUCUCUCUGUGUGUGGCCAAUAUAAUAUUUACAGACACCACAUUCAUUAUGCACCGGGACUUUCCUCAGUCUAGCCAUCAUCUUUAAUGAAUGUGUGUAUUCGGUCUUGUUGAUCGCUGUGGUCGGACAUAAAUCCGCAGUGAAAGGGCAAAAAGGUGAGGCGGACGGUGCCUUGCUGCUCUCGGAGGGUGCUGAGCAAAUCCGCACUCUCUCUCUCUCUCUCUCUCUCUUGCCGCUAUAAAUGUAACAUUCUUUCUUAGCCAAAUAUGUACCUUACCUGUGUGUGUGUGUGUGUGUGUGUGUACAGAAUGCUAAUGAGAUAUGAAACAUGACCCGUCGUCAGCGUGUGCGCUGCCAGUUGAAUAGUGAAUAUGCUACUUUUUUGGGUUCAUAUAUUCUGAGUAAAAUGGUGUGUUUAUACCAUUACAGCCGUUGAGGAGGAGUAAUGUUAACUAUGGCUCUGGUGUGUCAUCGGGACAUAUUUUUUAGACACGUUAAAAAAAAAAAAAAAAAUUUUGAGUAGAAGACUGGAGAGAAACUGUUUAUAUUCCAUAAUUGUUUACUCCACAUCUUUUAAUUACCUUCACAUGUUCACAGCCACUAUUUUCUAACAUUUAUAAUGUGUUAAGUGUGUGCUGGGAUUUUAAACCACUAUAUAGUGUACUGCUAGUCACUUGAUCACCACUAGAUGUCCUUCUUGAGCCAGAAAUACAGCAUCAUUUUCCAUAGAUACGAGUUAGGAUCACUGCUGUCCUUCUCCCAACACAUAUUCACUUAGUGCGUUAGCUGUUACUUCUCUCACAAUACCUGAGCCUGUUUGUCGAGUGGGUCCUCUUAUCUUUUCCUUCUCCUGUCCUCUUCCCUUGGAUGCAGUGCGUUCUCUUGGGGGAAACGCAGUUUUUGAGCAUGUUAUCUCUCCCACAGAUAUCCCCCAAAUCCUUGAAAAGGCAUGGGGGUAUUGAGAUUUAUUUCUGAGCAAAGUAACCCACGAUGCUGUCUGCUGCCGGAGAUCGCAAAAAACAUUCAUGUAUUUACUGCUUUGUUGUUGUUGUUGUUUUUUAAAUAUAUCAUGAUCAUG